GCAACUUCCUCACAGUGGCAAAGGAAUGUGAAGGAGAAACCUGCAUCCCCUCAGCAGCCAGACUGCCAGCUCUGCGGGUGAAUCCAGACAUCUGAGCCCCCUGCCUUGGAACUAAGGAAGUCAGCACACUGCACCAGCAGGGAAGAGGUUAAAUAGCAAGUUGCUCCACCCAGAUAUCUCUGUUUUGCCCAAAAGAUCUCAGAUUUCUAUUAAUCUUAGAUAGAGAUAAGGAACUGCAGCUACUGAUUGUCUUGUCUGAGCGAGCCUGGGAGUACCGAGGACGUCUGGGAGUACUGAAGGAACCUGGGAAUACUGAGGGAGUCUGGAAGUACUGGGGAAAGCAGAGGGAUAACUGGGGCACAACUGAGGGAAGUGGAAUUAACUAGAGGUUUAAUGUGUAGUUAUUUAUUGCAGGGCUGGUGUGAGGCUGGAUACCUCAGGGAUAGCAGGGAUUAAAUGAGUGAGGCUGGAUACCUCAGGGAUAUUUAGGAAUAACAAGGUGAGGCUGGAUACCUCACGGAUAUCAGGGAAUAACUGUUUGAGGCUCGAUACCUCAGGGAUAACAGGGAAUAACUGGGAUUAAUUUAAUGAGGACAGUUACCUACCAGAUACAGGAUAAUCCAAGGGAUUUUGGGAAUAUCUGGGAAUAACUGAAUGAGGCUGGAUCCCUGUGGGAUAACAUGGACUAACUGAGUGAGCCUAGAUACUACAGGAGUAGGAAAACUCGAGGAACAUUAGAAAUACCUGGGCACAACUGAGAGAGGUGAGAGACUUCAGGGAUAACAGGCAAUACCUGGGGGAACUUGGAAAGAAAUUGGCCCUGACACUUGGAAAUAUCUCUGAAGAAGAACCAAGAGGGAAGCUUUUCGGAUUCCUGCAAUGUGCAAUUUACACUGAGGACUCUGAGGAUCUCCGAGAGUAAAAGAUAAUGGGGCAGUUGGGGCCCCUCUUGCUGCUUCUGAUGGCGGCUCUGCUCCUGAGAGAGGUGACCAGCGAAUGUAAUGGUAAUGAGGUGGCCGAGUGCAACAAUAUUACUGUAUUCAGCAAAACUUCCCAAAUAACAGUGACAAGCCCAGCAGAUAAUGUGACACUAAACAGAGUGGAAUACUUAAAUGGAACGACGGUGGAACAAUCAGUAAUCACAAACAAUACUGUCUCUAACCUCACACCUGGGAGCCAAUAUGUUAUUGUUUAUGGAAACUCAUUGCUGAACUGCUGCCAGAACAUCACAACCUAUCCAUCUCCCCCUGGGUCGUUGAUAUCAAACAGCAGUAACACAACAAGUAUCUCCCUCAGCUGGGCUCAACCCCAAAAUAUGACGGGCGUAGAGUAUAACUUCAAUGUAACAUGCAGUAAUACAUCAGGACUUGUGUAUUCCAACAUUUUGGAAAAUGUAUCAUCUGUGCAAAUUCCCAAUCUACAGUCUGGAACCAACUACUCCAUCCAGAUAGUAACGGUCGGAGUUAUGGGGUAUCAGAGUGACCCUAUUUCUAUUUCUCUCCACACAAGACCGUUCCCUGUCCCAAAGCUGAUUAUUGGAAACAUAACUACAACCUCCGUGGACUUACAGUGGCCUAAGCCUCAGGACUACAAGUCUUACUAUUACUACAGAGUGUCAGUAAUUGGGGACAAAUCAUUCAGUAAUACAACCGGAGAUGAGACAUAUAGCAUAACAGGUCUAACACCCGGGGAAAAGUACAGCUUCAGUGUCACCGUACUGAUCCCUAAUGGAACAGAAGGAGAAAGUGUCUCCAACUCAAGCUACCUGUAUCCUGAGAAAAUCCCACCUGGAAACAUUACAGCAAGAAAUAUCAGAUCUACAGAUGUGGUGGAGAUUCUGUGGGUUGCCCCACCUGGGAAAGUGGAAUAUUAUAACAUAUCCCUCAUUAGUAAUAACACAACUCAAAUGAAUCAAAGCAGAUCUGUCUCACCUGUGAAUUUCCAUGGCCUACUCCCUGGGAGGAAAUUCAAUGUCACAAUACUGACAGUGAGUGGAAAUCUCAACCAGAUCUCUGAGCCUCUUACUAAUGCCACAUAUCCAUCUCCCCCUGGGUCGUUGAUAUCAAACAGCAGUAACACAACAAGUAUCUCCCUCAGCUGGGCUCAACCCCAAAAUAUGACGGGCGUAGAGUAUAACUUCAAUGUAACAUGCAGUAAUACAUCAGGAAUUGUGUAUUCCAACAUUUUGGAAAAUGUAUCAUCUGUGCAAAUUCCAAAUCUACAGUCUGGAACCAACUACUCCAUCCAGAUAGUAACAGUCGGAGUUAUGGGGUAUCAGAGUGACCCUAUUUCUAUUUCUCUCUACACAAGACCGUUCUCCGUCCCACAGCUGAUUAUUGGAAACAUAACUACAACCUCCGUGGACUUACAGUGGCCUAAGCCUCAGGACUACAAGUCUUACUAUUCCUACAGAGUGUCAGUAAUUGGGGACAAAUCAUUCAGUAAUACAACCGGAGAUGAGACAUAUAGCAUAACAGGUCUAACACCCGGGGAAAAGUACAGCUUCAGUGUCACCGUAAUGAUCCCUAAUGGAACAGAAGGAGAAAGUGUCUCCAACUCAAGCUACCUGUAUCCUGAGAAAAUCCCACUUGGAAACAUUACAGCAAGAAAUAUCAGAUCUACAGAUGUGGUGGAGAUUCUGUGGGUUGCCCCACCUGGGAAAGUGGAAUAUUAUAACAUAUCCCUCAUUAGUAAUAACACAACUCAAAUGAAUCAAAGCAGAUCUGUCUCACCUGUGAAUUUCCAUGGCCUACUCCCUGGGAGGAAAUUCAAUGUCACAAUACUGACAGUGAGUGGAAAUCUCAACCAGAUCUCUGAGCCUCUUACUAAUGCCACAUAUCCAUCUCCCCCUGGGUCGUUGAUAUCAAACAGCAGUAACACAACAAGUAUCUCCCUCAGCUGGGCUCAACCCCAAAAUAUGACGGGCGUAGAGUAUAACUUCAAUGUAACAUGCAGUUAUACAUCAGGAAUUGUGUAUUCCAAUGUUUUGGGAAAUGUAUCAUCUGUGCAAAUUCCCAAUCUACAGUCUGGAACCAGCUACUCCAUCCAGAUAGUAACAGUCGGAGUUAUGGGGUAUCAGAGUGACCCUAUUUCUAUAUCUCUCUACACAAGACCGUUCUCCGUCCCACAGCUGAUUAUUGGAAACAUAACUACAAUCUCCGUGGAUUUACAGUGGCCUAAGCCUCAGGACUACAAGUCUUACUAUUCCUACAGAGUGUCAGUAAUUGAGGACAAAUCAUUCAGUAAUACAACCGGAGAUGAGACAUAUAGCAUAACAGGUCUAACACCCGGGGAAAAGUACAGCUUCAGUGUCACCGUACUGAUCCCUAAUGGAACAGAAGGAGAAAGUGUCUCCAACUCAAGCUACCUGUAUCCUGAGAAAAUCCCACCUGGAAACAUUACAGCAAGAAAUAUCAGAUCUACAGAUGUGGUGGAGAUUCUGUGGGUUGCCCCACCUGGGAAAGUGGAAUAUUAUAACAUAUCCCUCAUUAGUAAUAACACAACUCAAAUGAAUCAAAGCAGAUCUGUCUCACCUGUGAAUUUCCAUGGCCUACUCCCUGGGAGGAAAUUCAAUGUCACAAUACUGACAGUGAGUGGAAAUCUCAACCAGAUCUCUGAGCCUCUUACUAAUGCCACAUAUCCAUCUCCCCCUGGGUCGUUGAUAUCAAACAGCAGUAACACAACAAGUAUCUCCCUCAGCUGGGCUCAACCCCAAAAUAUGACGGGCGUAGAGUAUAACUUCAAUGUAACAUGCAGUUAUACAUCAGGAAUUGUGUAUUCCAAUGUUUUGGGAAAUGUAUCAUCUGUGCAAAUUCCCAAUCUACAGUCUGGAACCAGCUACUCCAUCCAGAUAGUAACAGUCGGAGUUAUGGGGUAUCAGAGUGACCCUAUUUCUAUAUCUCUCUACACAAGACCGUUCCCUGUGCCACAGCUGAUUAUUGGAAACAUAACUACAACCUCCGUGGAUUUACAGUGGCCUAAGCCUCAGGACUACAAGUCUUACUAUUCCUACAGAGUGUCAGUAAUUGGGGACAAAUCAUUCAAUAAAACAACCGGAGAUGAGACAUAUAGCAUAACAGGUCUAACACCCGGGGAAAAGUACAGCUUCAGUGUCACCGUACUGAUCCCUAAUGGAACAGAAGGAGAAAGUGUCUCCAACUCAAGCUACCUGUAUCCAUCUCCCCCUGGGUCGUUGAUAUCAAACAGUAGUAGCACAACAAGUAUCUCCCUCAGCUGGGCUCAACCCCAAAAUAUGACGGGCGUAGAGUAUAACUUCAGUGUCACCUACAGCAAUUCAUCAGGAACGAUGUAUUCAAUACAUCCACUGACUCAAUCCUCUGUUCUAAUUUCCUAUCUACAAUCUGGAACCAAGUACUCCAUCCAGAUAGUAACGGUCGGAGUUAUGGGGUAUCAGAGUGACCCUAUUUAUAUUUCUCUCUACACAAGACCGUUCCCUGUCCCACAGCUGAUUAUUGGAAACAUAACUACAACCUCCGUGGACUUACAGUGGCCUAAGCCUCAGGACUACAAGUCUUACUAUUACUACAGAGUGUCAGUAAUUGGGGACAAAUCAUUCAGUAAUACAACCGGAGAUGAGACAUAUAGCAUAACAGGUCUAACACCCGGGGAAAAGUACAGCUUCAGUGUCACCGUACUGAUCCCUAAUGGAACAGAAGGAGAAAGUGUCUCCAACUCAAGCUACCUGUACCCUGAGAGAAUCCCAAGGGAAAACAUCACAGUGAGAAACAACAAAUCUACAAAUUUCCUGGAGGUUCUGUGGGUUCCCCCACCUGGGAGGGUAGAACUGUAUGUCGUCUCCCUUAUAAAUGAGAUUUCAUAUGUUGUCCAAUUCAAUCAAAGCACAUCUGUCUCACCUGUGAUAUUCAGAGACUUACUCCCUGGGAGGAAAUUCAAUAUCACAAUAAAGACAUUGAGUGGAGAUCUCAGCAGUACCUCCCUGACUAUUCCUCAAGCCACAUAUCCAUCUCCCCCUGGGUCGUUGAUAUCAAGCAGUAGUAGCACAACAAGUAUCUCCCUCAGCUGGGCUCAACCCCAAAAUAUGAAGGGCGUAGAGUAUAACUUCAGUGUAACAUGCAGUAAUACAUCAGGAAUCGUGUAUUCCAAAGUUUUGGGGAAUAUAUUAUCUGUGCAAAUUCCCAAUCUACAGUCUGGAACCAGCUACUCCAUCCAGAUAGUAACAGUCGGAGUUAUGGGGUAUCAGAGUGACCCUAUUUCUAUUUCUCUCUACACAAGACCGUUCCCUGUCCCACAGCUGAUUAUUGGAAACAUAACUACAACCUCCGUGGACUUACAGUGGCCUAAGCCUCAGGACUACAAGUCUUACUAUUCCUACAGAGUGUCAGUAAUUGGGGACAAAUCAUUCAGUAAUACAACCGGAGAUGAGACAUAUAGCAUAACAGGUCUAACACCCGGGGAAAAGUACAGCUUCAGUGUCACCGUACUGAUCCCUAAUGGAACAGAAGGAGAAAGUGUCUCCAACUCAAUCUUCCUGUUUCCGGCGGCGGUUACAUCACUUACCUGCACAUCUCAGGAUGGAAAACCAACUCUCAUCUUUACAUGGCAAUGUCCAGAAGGGACUCACAGUCGAUUCUACCUAAAUAUCACCAAAAAGGGCACCAAUGAUCUAUCAACAAUUAAUAUCACUGCCAGCUGUGCUACUGGAAUUCAAACCUUCCCUGUGGAUGGACUAAAUUAUAACACAGUAUAUGAUGUUACUAUAACAGCCGUGUCCUUUAACACAGUCAGUGGCGCAUAUAAGCGAGACUGCACAACUGCAGUGGGACCUCCUCCCAUAGUUCUUACUCCUCUUGUGCCAUCAGUUGGCCAGGUAUCACCUUCUCAAAUAACAUUCACCUUCAAUGAAUUUAACAACACAAAUGGGCCAAUCAAAGCAUAUGCUGUGAUAGUGACAACUGAUAGCAACGCCGUCAGUCCACCCAGUGGAAUUUUGUCCAAGACCUACGCAGACUUUAACAGCAAGAAUACAAACAGUUAUGUGUCACAAAUCAUGGAGUUUGGGCAAACGAAGGGGAGAUCCAUUAGGCAAGCUGCCUACACAGUGGCCAUUGGAGAUAAAUCUACAACCCGCGGCUACUACAAUGGACCUUUACAGCCUGCAACGUCCUAUAAGGUGGCGGUUGCUGGAUUUACUAAUAUUGUCUUUGAUAACAACACAAACAGAGUUAUAGAGGAUCGCUGCAGUGUAGCAAGCUCUUUAUUCUCAAGCCCCAUCUCAACAGCUCAGGAUCAAGGUGUGAUUGCUGGGGCCGUGAUUGGGAGCAUCCUAGGAGCCGCUGUCAUUGCUAUUCUUGCCUUUUUCAUCUGGAGGAGACAAAGAAAUCGAGAAGUGAAAAAGCGGGAGAAUUUGUCAUUCUCAAGUAUCAAGCAAACAAAACGGUCCCAGCCCAUUCCCAAGUCCGAUUUUGAGGCGCAUUUCCGAAAGCAGCAGGCCAACAGUAGCCUGGGCUUUAGUGAGGAGUAUGAAAACUUUUCAUCUGUGGGAAUUUCUCAACCUAAAGAAGCCUCCGAGCUGCCCGAGAACAAAGCCAAGAACAGAUACAAUAACGUACUACCCUAUGAUCAUUCCCGGGUGAAACUCUCCAUUGAAAAUCACCAGACUGAGGAUUAUAUCAAUGCCAAUUACAUCCCAGGUUACAUGACAAGCAAGGAGUUUAUUGCUGCCCAAGGUCCCCUGCCCAGCACCGUCCGUGAUUUCUGGCGCAUGAUUUGGGAGAAGAACAUUAGUGCUGUGGUUAUGCUGACACGAUGUGUGGAACUGGGAAAGGUAAAGUGUGAUGAAUAUUGGCCAAGCAGCGGGAAGAAGGAUUUCAGUGGCAUGUCCAUCUCUUUAAUAGAGGAGUCUGUUCAACCUGAGUGGACCAUCAGGGACUUCACAGUCACUCAUAAACAAGAAAAUCAAAGCAAGUGCGUGCGCCAUUUCCACUUCACUGCCUGGCCUGACCAUGGGGUCCCCAAAACAACGGACGUUCUCAUUGGCUUCAGGAAUUUACUAUGGGACUAUGUAAAACAAUGUCCGCCCAAUUCCCCCGUGCUGGUUCAUUGCAGCGCUGGUGUUGGCAGGACAGGCACAUUAAUCGCACUGGAUCGCAUUAUGAAACAGAUUGAAUCAGAGGAUGUGGUAGAUGUGUUUGGCACUGUGCAUAGUCUGAGGAUGCAUCGGGUAUUGAUGGUACAAACGGAGAAACAAUACAUCUUCCUGAACCAGUGUGCACUCGAUUCUAUCAAAGCCCAGAAGGCAAACAAACCGGACCUCAUCUACCAGAACGUGAGCACAGUCUACGAGAAUUGUAGCACACCCCUCCGCUUGGGAAACUCAAGGGUCUGAUCAGGGAAUCAAACCCACAGGCUACGAGGACCAGCACUGACUCUACUGGACUCACAGACUUCAGGGAGAACAAGGAAAAAGCACUUUUGAAGGUUUAAUUUUUAUUAUUGUGAAAUUAAAUAUGAAAUUAAUAUAUGUAACAAUGUGAUUUCAAUCAAAGUAGAACUUCAUGUUGUGCGGGAUUGGGGUGCAGGGGAUACAAGGGGUGCAGGGGAUUGUUCCUUGUGCAGCUGCCCCCCCUCACUGAGAUUCUUACACUGAUAAGUUAAUGAGUAUAUUAUAGCAAUUGCACCUGCUAAUUACCCUCCUAUCACUGCCCCCUGUGCCCAGAGAUGAUUUGCACUUGGCCGUAUAUAUUUAUCAAAGUGAUUAUUUAUUCAGUUCAGCUCAGGAACUUGCUACUACUGGUUAUUGUUAUGUAUGAUCCGGUGGCCAAUCUUUCACCCUUAUUGAGUGCAAAGCUGUGGGUGAUACAAGCUUCCUACACACACCAGCAGGACAAGACUCAUGCUACAUAUUGUAUCUGGGCAGAGGCAGGAUCAUACAUGUCUCAUGCUAUACUGGAUCAAAACAAACAAAAAAGGGGAGCAGAAUAAAGGGGAGCAGUGGGCACAUAACAAGGCACUUACUCAGGAUUUUCUUGCACUGAAAUCUUCAUUCCAAGCCAUUUCUGUUGCUGCAGUUGAUCAGACACUGUGGGGCCGGGGGUGUGGGAUACACUGUAACAUAUUUCUAUAUUCAAGUGCAUUUUUAUAUUACAUUAUGUUUCUGGGGUGCCAUGGAUCUUGAAAGAAUCACAUUCAACCCUGUCAUUCUAUAUAACAUGUGUAUAUAUAUAUAUAUAUAUAUAUAUAUAUAUAUAUAUAUAUAAUUCUAUAUAAUAAGGAAUCCCAAUGAACUCAAUCACUGCCAAGAAACACUAUGGAAAUCCUCUUUAUCCUCCGGCAGCAACACUCCCUUGUGUUAGUUCUGUUGGAAGGAAUGGACUGGAACACACAUGUGCCUUCGCAUUGGCUAUUUCUGCCUAUAAGUUUCUCACUUGGUCAGUGUGCUGAAAGAGCAAACCCUAACCCUAAUACACAGGCUGUGGCUACUUGGCUACGAGAGCUCUAGCCAUAUCCUUGUGUGCCAGCGCUCAGCUUGCCUGGGCAUCACUACUAUGAUUGUGCUCACGGGGUGAGGGCAAACAGUCUCAGGUUUGUACAUAAGAGCAGAGAGCCUCUGUUAUUUUUAUACCUCUUUUUCUAUGAUUUCCUGUGAUUUGUAAAAUACUCUGAAUCCAUAAUAAAGACUUUUAUUUACAA